AUGCCGCAGCCUGGGGGAAGGGAGGGCCCGGGCCCCCGGGGAAGGGCCACCCAGCUGAUGCGGGUUAAGACCGGUGGCCCCAGAGGAGACAGCGCCGCGGCCGUGGGAGAGCAGGGGCCCGCCCGGGAAGAGGCGCGGGGUCCCCUUACGCCCCCGGGGCCCCCGGCCCGGCCGCUGCUCCCAGGACCAGGAGCGGUGAUGCCAGCGGCCCUACGCACUGGGGCGUCCGGGCAGCGGGAGCGCCCCGCCGCUCUCCCGGGGCCCCCGGGCCUGCUGAGCGAUCCGCGCUCGCUUCAGGUCCCGGGAGGAAGCCCCGGCCCCGCGGAGCCGGAGCUGGGCGGCUCCACGGGGCUCCCGGGCGCCGCCGGGGGUCGGAGGGGAGGUGCCGACGCCCCCAGAGCCUCGAAGACCGCGUGGCCCGAGCCCCCGAGCAGGGACCGGCCGCCGGCGGGCGUGAGCGCGGCGCAGCAGGAGACGGCUCUGCAGCGGCUGCUGGAGCUGCACCGCGAGGCCCGGCGUCGGCGGCAGCAGGACCGCGAGCGGCAGCGGCUCCGGGUCCUGGAACGCCUCCGCAUCGCCAGGAACCGCCGCUGCCGGGUGCACCCCUUGGGACCCCCACCCAGCCCGGCUCAGCUCCCACCACAGGCAAGACCCCGAGGAGAAGGCGGGGGGCGGCGGCCGAGCUGGGCGCGACCUGGGUCCCUUUGGCGUGCGUGCCCCGCGCGCUCGCGAUGACGCCUGCGGAGCGGGAGGGGCGGGCCGGCGCGGGUGCAGCCCUCUGCGGGCCGCCUCGAGCCCGGGGGCCGGGAGGCGCGGCCGCUCAGCGCUCAGCGCUCGGCGCCGCCCCAGGAGGACGCGGCCGGGCAGCGACGCGCCCUGCGCGAGCGGCUGCAGCAAACGCAACGGGAGAGGACCGGGCGGCUGCGGGCCCUCGGGGCCAGGAACACCCAGAACUUCCAGCAGCUGCUGUGGCCCCCUGGCGCUGAGGAGCCUGCGCCUGGAGAGCCACGCUCACCCUUCCCAGCUCCCUCUAGUCACUGCUGAAUCCUCAAAGGGACGAUUAAAGAGACGGGGGUUUAAAGAAAAAGCAAGAAGGCAACCUGUAGGUCAGAGGUAGUUUCAGAAAGGCCCAAAACACAGCCUCAGGGCCUGGGAAAGCCAGACACAGCUACCCACGGCAGCUUCACCCCACCAGGAGGUGUGUUAUUUCUUCUUUCCUCCCCUAAGCCCACUGCCCGGCCCAGUGUCAGAGGACCAGGUCCCGGGGGUCAGGCAGUGCGAAGGCCCCAUUCUUGCGGAAGAAAGAUUCAAUGUGGCACAUCUUGCAGGAGACCGAUUCUUGCUUCACUGGGGGGCCUGGGAAAAGAUGUCAGAGGCCAGGAAUGGGUUCCUGGGAAAGGAACUCACAGAGCAUGGGGAGCCCUGCCUGCCUAACCCUAAAAAUCUACGUGUGUUGUAUCCACUUUGUAAGCGUGAAGAAAUAAAAAGAAGUGCUUCUGAGGAGUGGGGUGAUGGGGAAACGGAGCUGGCUGGCUGCCCAGAUCAGCAGUCACGACCAAAUGCCAGUCAGCUGUGUGCUAGCAUUUCCCCCAGCCUCAGAAUCCUCCGUGGAGGCAGGUGGUGGGACUCCCAGCUGUGCUUGUUACAGGAACAGACAGAGCUAGACAGAUGGGGCUUCUUUCUACCUUCUUUUGGGGUUCACCUGCUGCUUUCAUUUGAAAUUGCUCCCUUUCCUCCCCCUUUAGGGCCCUGGGGAAAGUAGGGAGAUUUUUUUAAGGCACAAUUUCAGCUGUGUUUAUCACCAACAAUCUACCUUUUCUGUGCAGGAGCUGGAGAAAACACGUGACUGAGUAGUCUCACUUGAAUUUCACGACCACAGACAGCAAAGGGACACUUAUCACCCAGCAAACCCACAACACUCCCUGGCAUAUUCUUUUUCCCACACCUUGACUCUUCAACUCAAACUACACCAUUGCCUUCGCGCCUGUCUUGUCCUGCUGAUGACCAUGACUCAGUCCAGAUGGACAGCCUUCUUGCCAACACCAUCUCCCUGCCCCUCGCUCUGCCCCCUGCCUUCUCCGGUUUGAUCCAGCCUCUGGAGUUCCCUGGCGCAACAUCUGCUCCCUCAGAUACUCCUCCUUCCAGAAGUUCUGCCGCACUGUGUCCAUGUUGAGUUGCCGAGACAUGGUGGCAAAGAAAGGAGCAGGACCAGGGUGACUGCAGCUGAGGGAAUCAAUUUCAGUCCAAAGCUAAGGGCCAUGGCUUCUACCUUCCCCUGCUUGGAAGGUUCCCAACUGAAUGGCUAAUGAAGAUGAGGAUGCAUGCUGGUGUAUUCCUUAUGCUGCCUUCGGUAAGCGGGAAUAACCCCUACCUUACAUGACGAUUGUUAGCCUCUGAGGGAGAUGAAAAUACAAGAAAGCCCGAGCCCACUGCCCAGGUGUUCCCUGAGUGUGUGGUUCCUUCAGGUGUCAACCCGCAAAAGGGUCGAGUGCUUGCGAUGCCCGGAGCCUGCUCUACCGGUGAACUGGGGAGCCCCUGCAGGGGAGCGGAGACUGGCCCCCUCCGGGCCUGGACGCUCUGGACGCCCAGCUCCGGCGGGCCAGGUUGGGCCAAGGGGCGGCGCCCGCCGGUCACAAGCUCUGUUCCCCUUCUUUCCUGACACACGGUCAUGUGAGAGCCGACAUAGCCCCGGUCCCACCGAGCCCCAAAAGGGAACCUGGGACGCGGAGGCCUCCGCUCUGGGACGGGAGGUGGACCGACUUCCCCGACCCUCGAGGACGGAGUCUGACACUUCGGCCAAGGUCCGGGAGCCCAGGGCAGCCCCCGCCUUCUCCCCGCGCUCCCAUCAGGCAGCAGAGGGUCCCGUUCAGGCCUCGCGGGCUACCGUACCUGAA